AUGGGUCACUAAUCGGGUCGGGUCAAUUAUAUCCGACUCAAAAUCUGGAUCAACUGGUGGAUCCGUGAAUCAUCUCCUCCCUCAAUGCGAGUGGACAAAGUGAUUUUGCAGAGAGAUUCAAUGAACAACACGACUUGCCGUUGGAGGAGACCAAUUUCUCUCCUCUCGCUUUCUCUUCUUUGAAAAAUCCGUAACUGCCGAUUCAACAAUGAUGACUUCAGAUUCGAGCUCAUCUCCUUCAUCGUCCGGCACCGAAUUCGCCGAUCCGAACCCUAGCACCGAUCCGGGGACGAAUUCGGAGCGUGUGCAGAGUCAGUUGGAGUCAAUGAAUCUGUCUGAGCCAAGCGAAGUCUCUGAUGGAAGUCACACCGAUUACGGCGGCGGCGAUGAUGACGAUGACGACCCGGCGGAGGAGGAGGUUGCAUCGGCCAACGGGAACGAAGGCGGAGUCAGCAACGGUCUGGCGGGAACUAGCGGGGAUGAGGAAAUAGAGGCGUCGUCAAGGGCGGAGCAUCCGGUGGAAAUGGAGGCAGGGGAGGAGCCGCCGAGCCCGACGAGCAGCGGUUACGAUGGGGAGAGAGGGAGCAGCGGCGGAGCUACCUCUACUGACAAAGCUGAUGACGCCAGUGAGACUGAGAUUCGGGAAGCCAAUGUGGAUGGUGACACUGCCUCGCAGCAUGAAGCCGCAUGGUUGCCCGGAAAACGCCAUGUCGACGAGGAUGAUGCCUCUGUUUCAUGGAGAAAGAGGAAGAAGCAUUUCUUCGUAUUGAGUAACUCCGGCAAACCGAUAUAUUCCAGAUAUGGAGAUGAACAUAAGCUUGCUGGAUUCUCAGCUACUCUUCAAGCGAUCAUUUCUUUUGUGGAGAAUGGUGGCGACCGUGUCAAUUUAGUCAAGGCAGGAAAACACCAGGUUGUCUUUCUCGUGAAGGGGCCAAUAUACCUGGUCUGCAUCUCCUGUACAGAUGAAACAUAUGAAUAUCUAAGGGGACAGUUGGAUCUUCUAUAUGGUCAGAUGAUACUAAUUUUAACAAAGUCAAUAGACAGAUGUUUCGAGAAGAAUGCAAAGUUCGACAUGACACCCUUGCUUGGAGGGACAGAGGCUGUCUUCUCAUCUCUUGUCCAUUCAUUUAGCUGGAAUCCAGCUACGUUUCUCCAUGCCUACACUUGUCUUCCUCUUCCGUAUGCGUUAAGGCAAGCUACAGGGACAAUAUUGCAAGAAGUUUGCGCGUCGGGUGUCUUAUUCGCACUACUAAUGUGCAGACACAAGGUUAUCAGUCUUGCUGGUGCACAGAAAGCUUCUCUCCAUCCCGAUGACUUGCUUCUACUCUCAAAUUUUGUCAUGACAUCAGAGUCUUUCUCACCAAUCUGCCUACCAAGAUACAACGCUCAGGCCUUUUUGCAUGCAUAUGUCCACUUCUUCGAUGAUGAUACAUAUGUCAUGCUGCUCACCACACGCUCAGAAGCCUUCUAUCAUCUCAAAGAUUGCAGGAUUCGCAUUGAAGCUGUUCUUCUCAAGUCGAAUAUACUGAGUACGGUUCAAAGAUCAAUCGCUGAAGGUGGAAUGCGUGUUGAGGAUUUGCCAAUAGACCGCUUGCUUCGAAAGAAACCGUCGUCUACUCCUAACCCAGAGAGCUUAACGGACGUGUCUGUUGGAACGGGAGGUCCCUUUGGACUUUGGCAUUUCAUGUAUCGCAGUAUAUACUUAGAUCAAUACGUUUCAUCUGAAUUCUCACCUCCAGUAACUAGUCACAGACAGCAGAAAAGUCUAUAUCGAGCAUACCAGAAACUUUAUGCUUCAAUGCAUGACAAGGGACUGGGACCUCACAAGACUCAAUACAGAAGAGAUGAAAAUUACACUCUUCUAUGUUGGGUUACACCAGAUUUUGAACUCUAUGCAGCGUUUGAUCCACUUGCAGACAAGGCGAUGGCGAUAAAGAUAUGUAAUCAAGUGUGUCAAAGGGUGAAAGAUGUGGAGAAUGAAGUGUUUUUGCAAGGAGCAAGCCCUUUCUCUUGGUGAUAUUAUUAUUACUUCCUUACUCUUUUUUAUAUAUUUGUACUUUUUGAUCUUAAAUAAUAAGAGUCAAAUAAUGUUGUAAUUUCAUUGGUGUGUUGUGUACCCUUUUGAGAAAGAAAGCUUCUUUAUUGUUUGUUAUUUAAUCAGACUGAGUAGUCAAAUAUUUAGAUGAUGUGGACCAAAAUUGAUGUUAUUUAUCGAAAGACAGAGAGCAAAUUUAGUUUAAAAGAUUUUUUGAGGUUUUGAUGAAAUGAUGGAGACUGGAGUUGG